UUCUCCUUCUGCAAUCAGCCGCCGCAGAAAAAUCAAUUUUUUUUCUCUUUAACUCUUCCUGCCUCGUCACGGAAGAAAUCCUAAUUUCUUUCUCUUUAACUCAGUCUGCCUCGCCGGAAGUUGUAUAACGCCUCUGUGUCACCGGAAAACUUAAAAUUCGACGCCUCGUCGGAAAACCGGCUGCUAUAGCGCGCGACCACCGAAUUUUCUUCGCAAGUCAGAUCCAGAAACAGCUAUGUCUGGCAAUUCGAAUUGCAGUGUUUACAUAGGCAAUCUGGAUGAGAGGGUGACAGACAGGGUCUUGUAUGAUAUAUUAAUUCAAGCAGGACGAGUGGUAGACUUGCACAUUCCUAAAGAUAAGGAAUCAGAGAAACCAAAAGGUUUUGCCUUUGCAGAAUAUGAAACUGAAGAGAUUGCAGACUAUGCUGUCCGGCUUUUUUCAGGCCUCAUAACACUGUACAACAGAACACUUAAGUUUGCGUCUGCCAAUAAACAGAUAUCUGGGAGAGACAAAACUACCUCUAAUGGUUCUACAGCAAUUGCCCCCACAUUAAAUUCUUCUCAAAGACCAAGGCCAUAUCCUGUGCCUAUAAACAAUUCAGAAAAUUUUCAGCACCCUGCUAGGCUAUCAACUCCUGAUCGAUUUUCAGAUUAUCCAGUAAAUAAUUCUCAAGUUCUUCCUUCUCGUGUAACUGACCAAUCUAGUGGGUAUGGAUCUCACUAUAGUGGCAACAAUUAUGAAUACAGCAGGAGAGCUUUUGGGGCAACAUUGGAUAGCAUUAGCCGUUCUAGGUCACGCCACUUUGAUAAAAGUAGCCCAAUCUCUUACCCAUCUUACUAAUAUUUUCCGAAAAUCAGUGACUGACUAAAGUUUCAUAAAAUAUUAGUCAUAAGCGUUAAUAGAAUGUAAAUGGGAAAUGUUCAAUAUUUAGUGGAAUGCAUAUGCUUCAAGCAAUGUCAUUGUUGUAGGUAUACCUAUGCACGUCGCUCUCCAGAUGGGUUGCUGCUUACAAACUUAAUGACUGUGGUUUCCUUAGUGAAGAAACCUUUAUAUUUAUUUCUGUAGGUUGAACUCAAAUCAAGUACAGAUUUCUUUUCUCUUUCCUUUCUUUCCUGCUUUGGUUUUAGUGUGAUGUGGUUUUCUCAUGCAACUUAUCAUGUUGCAAAACUAUCCAACAUUUCACUAUACAGCAUGACAAAUUUAAUCAAAUUCCUAUGUGGUAUUGAUUCCUAACGGAUAUGAGCAAGCUGUUGCUCUGUUUUUCCUUUAUGACAAUGAAAAUUAUUCCAAAGCAA